GAAAUCAGUCAUACGGACAACUGCUGCUAAUGCUAAGAUGCGGUUGAUAUAACAAAUCUCUGUCAUGUGGACCAGUUGGACGAAGAAUGAGGGACUGUUCUCGCAGGGUAGUUUUCGUACAUAACGGUGGAAUGAGUCAUGAUUCCAGCGCCGAAAGAAGCCAGAUUAAGCGACCAUGGGCAAGAUAACCUUUUCAACAACAGCGGGGGAUUUCCAUUAUUCAUCUUUAGUUGUAAUUAUCCCAUCAAAACAUCCAGCUCAUAUUAACUAUUAAUUGGGAAUAUAAUAUACUUCGUGAGGAAGAAUGUCUUCAGCAGCGACAAACACACAACAACAAUCCACCCCGUUCCCCUCCGCAACAUCAGAAACAUCAGAUCGCUCCGCUUCAAACACACAGCAUGACCCCCAACUUUUCCAACCGCAUUAUUUCUUCUUCUAUGGCAGCCUCAGCGACCCUUCCUUCUUAGCAAAUGUGCUCAAUCGUCAGGAUAAACCGGCCGUCCGGCCAGCGAUGAUAAUGGAACACGGAAUGAGAAUGUGGGGUGAAUUUCCGGCGCUGUUGGAUGGAUGUCCCGAGAAGCCGAUUUACGGGGUCGGGUAUAAGGUGCGUUCGCAGGUGGAGGAGGAUCGCUUGGCAGAGUACGAGACGGAUAUGUAUCGGAAGAAAGGGUGUCUUAUUGAGUUUAGGGAUGGGUUGAAGGUCCCUGGGGUGACGUUUGUGUGGAAUGCGGAUCCGGGGCUGUUGAAAGAGGAGGGCUUUGAUAUGAAGGACUGGUUGUUGGAGCAGAAGGAUAGUCGUGGGGAGGGUGAGGUGGAAAUAUGAGGCUUUGGGCUUGGUACUCCUCAGAUUUCGCGUGUAAUG